AUGUCUUCUCAGCUCUCAAACGUCCUCGUCAUCGGUGCCGGUCCAGUCGGACUCAUCACCGCACUCGCACUCGCUCAGAAUGGCAUCUCCGUCCGCGUCGUGGACAAAGCGAAGGACUUCGCCGUCGGCCAGCGUGGCUCGGGCAUAUCUCCUCGUACACUCGAAGCCUACCGCCUUCUCGGCAUCUACGACGAGAUGAUGAAGGUGGCGCACGAGUAUCCCGAUGUGCUCGAGUGGAAUCAGGAUGGGAAAAAGCUCCGCGUGUCUCAGAUGAUGGCGCGCGUCGAGCCAACACCGGACACGCCUAUUCCGAACGGGAAGCGCGUCGCGCAGGAGGAUACUAUGGCCGUUCUCCGGGCGCAACUGGGGAAGUACGGCGUUACCGUCGAGCCCGGCAUGGAGCUCGUGAAGGUCGAGCAGGAUGAUGCGGGCGUGAUCGCAACUCUCCUCCACGAUGGUAUCUCGGAGAAUAUCCGUGUGGCGUAUGUCGUUGCGGCUGAUGGCGCGAAAGGCCCGACGCGCAAGCUCGUUGGUAUACCAUUCCUCGGUGUGUCGCGUGAGGAGAUCGGGAUGUUGGUCGGCGACCUUGAGCUAUUCGGUAGUCUCGACCGUGUGCACUGGCACAAGUUCCAAGACGCCAACUCGAACUGGAUCCGCGCCCGCGCCGUUCCCGAGAAACCCAACGUCUUCUUCCUCUCCUCCCAUGGGCCCGACCUCGACCUCAAACGCGGCGCCUCCGACACUUCCUAUCUGCAGCAGUACAUUCGCGCCGUGACUAAACAAGACGAUAUCACAGUCGGCAAAGUCCUCACAUUGCAAGAGUGGCGCAUGAACGUCCGUAUAGUCGAUCGCUUCCGCGCCGGACGCGUCUUCAUCGCCGGCGAUGCCGCGCACGUUCAUUCGCCCCUCGGCGGACAGGGCUUGAACACGGGCGCGAUGGACGCUAUGAACCUCGCGUGGAAGCUCGUGGCCGUCAUCAAAGGCGUCGCGACAGACAAGCUCCUCAAUACCUACGAAGAAGAGCGCAAGUCCGUCGUCUCGGACAUGCUCCAGUUCACGAACGGUAUCGCGACCCAGACUUUCAAAAUCGGCGCAGAGUCAUCGGCAUGGACGCGCUCGCGUGCCGGCACACAGCUCGCGAUGCAUUACCGCUGGAGCAGUGUCGUUCGCGACGAGGUCAACUCAGGCAUCAAGACGGCGGACGGUGCGGGCGCCUAUGCCACGAGUGGCGCUGAUGAGAUGCUUCGUGCCGGUGACCGGGCCCCGGAUGCGCCUGAGCUCGUCGGCGUGAAUAGCAAGGCGACCGCGCUCUACGACAUCUUCGGUGCGACGCACCAUACGGUGCUCGUCUUCGAGCCGGCGCUCGUCGACGCCGUAUCAGCGGUGCUCACACGCUUCCCCUCAGACCUCAUUCGCACAAUCGUCUUCAAUGCAUCGGGCGCAAGUCUGCCCGGUGCGUACGACGAUACUGCGGGCCACGCUCGCCGUGCGUAUGGCAGUGCAGCGGUGGCCGUCGUACGGCCUGACGGUGUCGUCGGCGCCCUGUUACGCGGGUCUGAGGGGCUGGAAGCGUACUUCGGUGGGAUCUUCUCGGCGGCUGUGGCGGUGUGA